AUGGACUCUUUUUAUAGUGAUGCUACUACUGGUAUGACUUUUGACCAGAAAAUCGGAGCAGCUCUUCAAUUUAAUAACUUAUCUGCAUCUACAAAGAAUGUACUUGCCAAGGUAUACACUACAUUGUCAUUCUGUAUGUUGACAUGUGUUGCUGGUACACUGUUCAGUAUGUUCAUCUACCAAGCCAAUUUCAUCUUGGUUUUCAUUGCAAGUCUUGUAACCAUCUAUAAGUUUGUGACAACACAAACCUAUAAGAAGAAUGAAAGACUUUCAUAUCUUCUCUUGUUCUGUCUCCUUACUGGUGUCUCACUCACACCACUCAUCAACAUGGCAAUCAGUAUCAAUGAAAGUAUUGUAAUUACUGCUUUGAUGGCAACCACAGGUAUCUUUGUUUCAUUCACUCUAUUCUCAUUGUUGACUGACAAGAGAUCCUUCUUGUUUAUGGGUGGUACUCUUGCCUCAGCUUGUCUCGGACUCUUUGUACUUUCAUUAUCACAAGUACUCUUUAUUCAUAGCGAACAACUUGACUGGAUCAUCACUGUUUCAUACUUUUUACUUAUGGUUGUAUUCUUGGUAUAUGAUACCCAAAUGAUAGUUUACAGAAUUGAGAGAGGAUACAAAGAUGAACUCAGUCACGCAUUCACCCUCUUUAUUGAUUUUGUAGAUAUCUUUAGAAUGGUACUCAAGCUCUUGAUGAAACAAGAAAAGAGAAGAGAACGUAAUAAUAAUUAA